AUGGUUUCCUUCGCUGAUUUGGAGCCCCCUUUGUACAAGGCUAUCCGUGAAGGGAACACCACUCUCUUCACCCAGCUGAUCGCUCAGCCCGAACAUCGAGCUAAUCUCUAUCGAGAUGGGCAUGUAUGCUCUGGAUUCAACCUCAUGAGUACCGCAAUUCCGGGCGGGCAAAUUGAGAUUGCGAGAAUCCUGUUCGUACUUGACGCAUUUGACUUCAGCAAGUACAGCUCGUACUUAUUCCGAUGGGCUUGCGACAAGCCUGCCAUCUUCAGGCUCAUUGUUGAGACUGGCCGAGCCGACAUCACCGCCCAUGGCGAAGCAGGCAUGACUCCCCUUUAUCACGCAAGCAACGCGGGCUGUCUCGAGAUCGUCGACUUCCUUCUCAAGGAAGGCGUCGAUGCCGAGGUGAAGGAUAACAACGGUCGCACACCCCUGGCGUACGCUGCAAUGAAAGGCAGUCAAGAAGUCACUCGACGACUACUGGGCAUUGGUGCAGUCAACCCGGACUCUAAGGACAACGAAGGCAAGACACCCUUCUAUUGGGCUAUCUUCAGCACCCAGGGGGCGGUUGCCAGGAUCUUGAACGACACCGGACGUGUCGACACAAGUGUUGAGGGCCGGGCGAUGCGGGAUCGACAGGCCCGCCCUAAGUUCACCGUGAUGGUCCUCCAGAAUGAGGACAAUUCCAUCUCGCCUCAACCCCGAGGCCACAAGCGCCAAUCAAGCAAGACGGACUCAUCCGCGCCAGAACCCAAGCCCAAACAAUCCAAGAAGACAGAGGAAUCCCAUGCACAAGCCGAGCCGUCUACCCCCACGGAAGAGACGAAACCGACACUUACCGACAAAGCUCUCGAGUUCGACUUCGACCACUCAAAGAUUCGAGACCCCCGACGUACGUCAGGACGCGUCAGGAGACCCCAUUACGAAAAACGCGAAUUGAGCGAAGAAUGGCUUUCGAAGUUCCACAUUCCAAACCAUAGAGACGAAAAGAACGACCCUUUGUAUUGCUUUUAUGAACUGUAUCAAUGUCACAAGAAGGGACCCAAUGGAUCCCCCACGUACGACAGCGCGGGAUUCCAGUUGGACUACAAGAAAGUGGAAAAGUGGAUGAAGCCUAAAGGCGAUGAGGAGAAGAAGGCUGCAUAUGAAGUCUUCUUUGUGGAUGGCAAAGGCCCUGAUUGCGGCCAUCACUUGGUCAUGGAUCUCAUCAAGGACAAAAUGUCAAAGGAUUUAGAUAUCCCGUUACAUCAAAUUGACGUGAAGCAGAUCAAGAAGUGGGGAGAGAAAGGGUUUGAGAAGGUCAAGGCGGAUGAAUGGUGGGUUGAGCCUAAUGAGGUCGAGAAGGCGCAUUUUUCGAAGAUGAUGGGAGGAGCUAAAUUGAGGAAGGAUCUAUAA